UGCAAUCACACGGGUUGGCUCCGACUCCGGAAAAAAAGCUCCGAGGUGAUCCUGGAGGUUUCAAACCGGCCAUUGCAGAUUCUCCAAGACAUUGAAGACCCAGAUGAGCCAGCUGGAAUAGUGCUCCUCGUUGGUGACGUUAACAAGGACCUGGCUCUUACCAACCUUACUUCAAGGACGGGCCAUGCAAGGCCCCGGAGAGGCCAUGGGGAGGUUCAUCUAUUCCUCUCGUCGUUAAGAGACCACGCUGGGAGGCCAAUCGUUAUAGCCGAUGGGAAUGUCCCGGCUCAUAACAGGCUGCCAAUAACAUGCAAGCCACAGCGCUGUCACGAGAUACUCGAGGAGCCAUUUUCAGAAAUUAAGCCCCGCGGGAAGGUUUCAGAAGUAGCCGACGAUGUGUACCAUAGAAUUCUAUCCCCUCAUUUGGAUGUUGUUUGCCUAUUUGUUUCUGAUAUGGGAGGAAUUGAGUGUGUGGUGCAGCGUUUGGUAGCAUGGCUUGGCAAAGGGCCAUCCUCGACAAGUCCAGUACACUCCCACUUUAUCCUUAUAGUGGAGAAGGGACAACGAAAAGAUAUGCAAGCCGCCAUUGACGAGCUAAUGUGCAAUGAAACGACAACAAUAACAAAGGAAUAUUUAGAACACAUCCGUAUUGUUACAUUCCCGAGUAACCACCCAGCUGCGAGCCAUCAAAAGAACCGUGUGGGGCAGCAGAAAGCGCUUCAAAAAGAGUUGCUUCACUGUUUAAAAGCGGCUCGGGAAUUUCGAUUACGGUCUGGGUACUUGUUCUCGGCACGGCAUAUGACCAAGUUUUUAUGUGCUAGUGCUGCAGGAGCCGCCGUCUCACCAUGGGAACCAUUUGACUUCAUUCAUACCUCCCGAGAAAAUGAAGACGUUGUCCCCAAGCUAGCGACACACCUGCAGAACUUCCUCAAGCAGAUUUCCACUCGACGCAUACUUGAGAAUUUCGCGAUCCCCAUAAUCUCUUCCAGCUUUGUAUUGGACCAGUAUUCCCCUAAUGUGCACUCCUUUGACCCUCGGGAUGUCUUCCACACCCUCUUUAGGGACACAUGCGUUCAGAUUGAUAAACAAUUGACUUACGUGGAUGAAUGGACUGCACAGAUGAUCCAACAGGUUGAUGAAUAUCGAAUAGAGGGGUCGUCAAUAACCCUGCAUCGUCAACGGCUAACUCAUUCGCAGACAGAAUGGAGCGAUUUACAAUCUGACGAUACGUGUUUCAGCUGUCUCCGGCGUAGGCCUCAGUAUGCCUUGCAAGGAUGUGUCCAUUCCAUUUGUCAAUUUUGUGUAAAGGCUUUUCACCGUCAGAGCGAAGACGACCCAUGGGACUUUUAUGUUGAUGUAUGUCUUCUGUGCGGUACUCAGACUCCUGGCCAAGUGAUUCGAAUGAAACCGGUCACUGCGACGACUCGCGUGCUGAGCAUCGAUGGCGGAGGAGCGAGAGGACGAGCUCCACUUGAAAAUCUUCGUAUAUUAGAGGAUGCAAUUGGACUACCGUAUCCAGUACAAAAGAAUUUUGAUUUUGUUAUUGGAACUAGUUCCGGUGCAAUGACUGCAUGUGCGCUAUUCUUAAACGGCUGGUCUGUUGAGAAAUGCAUCCAGUAUAUUGACAUCUCGAUGUGUUUGGCAUUCCAAAGGCAUUUGUUUCUUCGAUUAGUCCUAUUUUUUAUUGGAGGAUUUCCCCUACUUCCAAACGUUUUAGAGUUUCUCGUGUCAUUGGUAGUAGACAGCAAGUAUUCUGCCGAAAGGUUGGAGAUGAUACUGCGCGAUGUCUAUAGCCCAAGCCGCAGUAUUAUGGCUUCUCCGGAGGCGAAUAAGAUGGGUGUCAUGCUAGCAAUAACACUCACAACUACACGUGAUGCCAAGACCAGGAUUGUCACGAAUUACAAUGGUGUCGGAGAUCGCGGUAGUAAUGGCAGUAACUACUAUACUCCGUACGACAUCAAAGGGGCUGGGGAGUAUCAAGACGGAGGUCUCACAUAUAACAACCCCGUAUCCAUCGGCCUACAGGAAGUGGUUGCCGUCGAUACGAACCCAGCAGAACGGAUCAUUGCUGUAUCACUCGGAACUGGAUCUGCUCGUGAGUGUGAGGAUACAAAUACAGGAAACCAAAGUUCCCUUAAAAAUUCAUAUCCAGCUCGCUUGUACCGAGCAUUUUGCAGGCAGAUGUCAGGUCAUCGCGAGACUGAAAGACAAGACAGCUCCCCCAGCCUGUUUCGCCUUGACAUUGAGUUUGAUGGGAAACAGCCAGCCUUAGAUGAUGUAAAUCAGACAGACGAAAUUGUACGAAUAGCUCACGAGACGACGCUAGGCUCAUCAGCGAUCAGGGACCUGGCACGGGAAAUGCGAGCAGAGUAUUUUCUCUUUGAGUUGGAUCAUUGUCGUCCACCACAGUUUGUUAAUGGGGUUUAUGACUGUGUCGGCUAUAUCUCUUGUCGAUUGCGGGCUGGUGACCCCUCGUUUACCGCUUUCAUGCAGCAAUUAACCGACAAUCAUGCAUUCUUACAAUGCGGAAGGCGAGUUCUGUCCGCCGGUUUCCAAAGCCCAAGUUGCGAGAAUUUUUACUUGGAAGUCAAGUUCCACGUGCCCACUCGACAAGGCUCAUUUGAAAUAAUGCUACAAGACGGACCGGGAAAUCCUUGUAAUAUUAGUGGUUCACCUUUUACUCUUGAGCGGCUUAUGAGACAACAGAAGCUAGAACCUUGGUUUGGCACUUCACCUCACUGGAAGCGA